AUGGAAGCCAAAGCCGCAGAGCUGCUAGCAGCCUUCAAAAACCCCAACCUCUCCGUUGACGCCAAAGUCGCCCAUCUCACCGGCAUCAAGUCCGAUAUCAAACAGAAAAAUGUACCCGAGGGUGCCAUUGCAACAAUAUUCGAAACAAUCCGGCUUGCUUUAAGUUCUCAACACUAUUCAGUUGCCAGCGGAGCCUUUUCUACACUGGGUCAUUUCCUAAAGCGUCUGGCAAUCCAAGACCAACAACAAUGGAUCAUUUCACAGGCGCGCAACUUUUACCCCAUUCUUACAGAGAAGCUUGGCGAUCACAAAGAACGGAUAAGAGCACAGGCUGCAUCGAUAUUCACCGACUUGUGGCCCUUGGCUGGUACUGAGGUCGAAUAUCAUGUUCUCGAGGUUGCCCUGGUGGGUAAAAACCCAAGAGCCAAAGAAAUGAGUCUUCUUUGGCUAUCCAAUAUGACAAGAAAUCAUGGUCUUCUGUUCCGCCAGUAUGUGCCAUCACUAGUCGCAUGCUUGGAAAGCGCGGACAGCUCCGUUCGAGAUACGGCAAAAGUGGUUGUGAUUGAUUUGUUUCGGACUGCUCCCUCAAGAGCCAAAUCUGACUUGCAAAAACAACUGGGCGCUCGUGGCGUGAGGAAAUCAAUUGCUAGUGCUAUUUUGUCCGGAAUUGGACUGACAUCUGCCGAGUCCGAGAGCUCAGCCCGCCCCAUAUCCCGUGCUGAGCGACCCAUUUCUGUGAUGUCGUCACGUUCACAUGCAGUAGACCUACAUGAAGAUGGUCUGUUUAUCCAUAAUUCGCCAUCACCAAGUUCCAACAAUGACAUUAACGACAAUCCAGAACCAGAACCUAUGAAAAACCGACCAGCCUCAAGGAAUCAUCUUGAUCGACCGAUUGCGAGCUCGACUGAUGCCCCUGCCAGACCAAAAACCCCAGCUGAACAACCGCUCGUUCAGACACCAUCCCAGGAAGAUGUUGGAGUGGAGCCACAUCUUGUUAGCUCAAGCAGAGACAUUGAUGAACUUGUUCGCGAUAUGCUUCCUUGGUUUGAUGGUAGAGAAUCUGAGGAUAACUGGCUGAAACGUGAAAAGAGUGUGAUCCUGUUCCGAAGGCUUACCCGGGGGAAUGCGCCUCAUGACUUUCCUCAAAGCUUUUUGCAGGCCACUAAAACUUUACUGGAUGGAUUCUUCAAAGUGGUUCACUCACUGCGGACUACCCUUUGUACCAACGGAUGUCUUUUGAUUCAAGACAUCGCACGAACUUGCGGCCCAAAAAUCGACCCUAUGGUGGAAAUCAUCAUGCAGAACUUGAUCAAGCUGUGCUCCGCCUUGAAAAAGAUCGCUGCACAGAACGGCAAUGCGACAGUUGAUGCAGUCAUUGGAAAUGUGACGUUCAACAUUCGUAUUCUGCAACACAUUCAUUGGGCAUCACAAGAAAAGAAUGUCGGGCUACGUCUUUUUGCUGCUGGAUGGCUGCGGACAUUGAUCAGCCGACAGGCUCACCAUAAGAGUACAGUUGAACACGGUGGUGGUCUGGAUCUAAUUGAAAAGUCCAUCAAGAAGGGAUUAGCUGAUGCCAACCCUGGAGUACGCGAGGCCACUAGAGGUACCUUUUGGACUUUCUUUGGUGUGUGGCCUGAUCGGGCCAAUGGGAUUUUGUCCGAGCUGGAUGCAAAAUCACGGGGCCUUUUGGAAAAGGACCCGUCAAACCCAAAUGCGGCCCAGCAGGCUAAGCCUGCUAGCAAGCCAGCACCCCGCUCUGCCCUCAAGGAAGCCAUUGCUGCUCGUAAGAAGGCUCAGAUGACUUCUCGCCCGGAGUCUGCUCAGUCCGCAUUUACUGACAGCCAAUCAUCAGAGCCUGCACCCCGACCGGCUGUACGGACCGUUCCUACUGGUGCACCUCUUUCAUCCAUGUCCUCUGCACCCAUGCGGCCGGCUAUGAAACCGCGGAGGCCUGAAUUGAGCCGCCCUGCGACCGCUGACCCGUAUGCUCGUCGACCUGAAUCUAGAAACCAAACGGCUAGACAGGCAACUCUCUCCCCACGAUCGGUGAGAUCCAAGACAUCAACGCCUUCGUCAAAACCCCUCAAUGCGCCUCGUCUUCGACCGCAUGAGACUGGACAGUCGGGACAGUCUGGUACUACUAGGGGCAAGCCUAAGAAGCUUGACCUCUCGAAAUCAAAGUCGCAUGGGGAUCUGGCAGGAGCAGCAAACCAUGGUCGUAGUGAUUCCAUUGAGAGCAUAAACCAGCUCUCGCAAGCCCGUCAAGCUGACCAGAAAGCCUAUGAAGAACCGAACUCCCCCGCUCAUAUUGUGUUGGAAAGCCCCCCACUUUCUGCGACGCACCCUCAACAUCAUACUGAGCAGGUGGAUACUCGUACUGUUACUCCGGAGCCCGUAAGAGAGCCAGAGCCAGCGCUAAAGCUAGAGUCCAUGUCGCUAGAAGACCCCCCAACGGCGGAUACUCUACGUCGUGAACCAUCAACGCCCUCACGCAAUUCAGACCCAUUCUAUGUUCCUGAGUCCGCCAAGGCACAACCCGAGGAGAUGGUGAUAUAUGAGGAUCCUGCCACUCCUGUUGCUGCCGAGCAAACACCGCGGAUUGACCCUGUUGAGCAUUUCACGCCUACAAAAUCACCUCGUCACAUUGAGCCAGAUCAGCCAGAUCUUGACGAGACAGCGACAGCCACACCCGCGGAAUCCACUACUCCAAUCAAGAACCCACCUCAUAUGAUUCCUCACCAGGGCUUCUCUACUGACGGAACCAACGAGCCCCAGUUCCCAUCCCCAGUGCGAAGGACGCCACUCCGGGGCAGCCCUUCGCCGUCACGGAAUCGACCCCAGGCGAUACCUGAUAAUGGGGUGAGCAGAGACUCUACAUUGACACACGAAUCUAUCAUGGGUAGCCCUGAGAGGACUCCUACCAAUGAGAAUGUGACAGAACAUGUUGCUAAACCAGAAUAUCCUGGAACCCCACGGUCCGCAGCAAAGCCCGGUGCUCUGGAGGAGGUAACAUUGAACGAAUCGGCCCUGCGGACCUCAGAGAUGAGAUAUCGAUCUGUUGAGCCUCAAUUAACAGGCGAGGAUACUCUCCGCCGAAGCCGUAAAUGGGCUGAGCGUCAUCGCAGCCCUAGUCCUCGCUCAAAGGAUCCUGCCAACGCGAAGGAGAUGCUCCCAAAGGCUCUCACCCGAAUUGAGACCAAGACCAUGGACAUCUCGGGCUACCGCAAGCUACAAGGUCUUUUCCAAUAUCAUGGCGAGGAGCUUGUAACCCACGAGCAAGACUACUACGCAGUUCUCGGGGCUCUACUCAAUGAGUUGGAGUUGGCCCCCACGAACCGCAAGGAUCAUGACGUGAAGACCCAGAUCCUUGCUACCAUCCGGUCCAUGCUCAUCCGCACUAGCGAUCUAUUCCAUCGGUACGACGCCCCUGUCAUUGCGGCAAUCGUUCGGGCCCGCCAGCACUACGAGUCGAACUCCCACUUCGUCACGUGCUUGGAGGAAGUGGCGGAACAGUUGGCGUCUUUGAUCCCUGCCCCAAUCUGCAUUGAAGGCGUGCUGCAAGGAUUGCCCGAGAUGGAUGCACAGAAUGCCAACUCGUAUCGACCGAUCAUCCUGGGUCUCUCUACGAUCCACCAAGCUCUCUCGCAAGGCCCCGUCGAAAUCUCCGAUGAAGUUCUUGCCAGCGUUGGUAACGUGGUCAGCCGACAACUCGGUCACCCCUGGCCUGGUGUGCGCAAACAGGCUACGGAGUUGUGCACGCUCCUGAAUCUUAAAUUUGGUCUGGAUCGAGUUCAGAAGGUUACCCCCCGGCUGGGGAGGGAUCACUGA